GCACCACCGACCUAUCGCACACUGCCAAUGGCACCUUCAACCGCUUCAACUCCCGCCAUUCGCUUGGUGCUGCUGCUGCUUCCAGCGUUUGGCCCCUGCUGUUUCGCCCCACUGCUGUGGCCAACGCCACGGCCGCGAGUGGGGCGACCGCGAACCACACUGGCAGCGUUCAACUUGGGUGGCCUCUUUGGCGGCGAGGAACAGAUUGAGGUGCCAAAGAAUGUGCAGGAGAUGGUGGCCGGCUUGAAGCGGAGCACCGAGAACGCGCUGAACCAAGGCUGCAGCCGUUUGGAUAUUGAGCUUCCGCCCUCCUUCAAACUGGGAGUUGAAAAUAAGUUGGGUAAGGGCGCUAUGAUCGAUGAGAAGGAUAGCCAAAAGUCGGUCUUGAACGAGGUGGAGCGUGGGGAUCGUGAGCUGGCACGACUCUACGUGGAGAUGUUGAGCCAACUGGGCCCUGGCUUGGUGGUGGCCUUUCGCAGCUCAAACCUGGAAAGGGCAGCCAAAAAGCGCUGGCGCUUGACGCCGGAGGAGGCUCGGCUGACCUCCUUCGUCGAUUCGAAAAAGUCCGCCUUCUCCAGUGAAGUGGAGGCCCCAACGCAGUUCCGGAAAAAACUGCAGGGUUUGGAUCCCAAGUGCUUAGUGGUGGUCGCCCCUCAGGUUGAGCAGCUUCGUGUGGUCGCUGAGCUCAGUCAGGAGGUGGGUGACCAGAUGGGCCUGAUCUUGUUGAACGCUCGGCUCUUUGGACAGACGCGCAGGGUCAAGACACCCGCCAAGCUACGAAGCCAGCUCAUCCAGGAGUUCAACCCGGCGUACCACUUGCGCUUCUUUCAGAAGUCGGACUGGCCCAAGAACAGCAUGAUCUACCGGGAGGCUGGGACAUUCUGGAACAAAGCUCCUCUCCCGCCUACCAGGUGAGCAAGAGCGGCGAGUCUCCCUGGAUCGUCGCGGUGCAGCGGCAGCUCGUGGGGGGCGCCGUGGUGAGCAAAGAAGUGCUCCGCAGCGAGGAUGAUCCGGAUCCCAAGCAGCUGCGUGCGGCCUUCAAGCGCUAUGAGGAGACCAGCGACGUCUCUGACAAAGUGGCUGACUUCCUUGAGCAAAAGGAAUAGAGGACCUGCAGUUGCAUGCCUUUCAUGGCCUGCCGUACUAGCAGCAGUUAGGCUCCGGGCUUCUCCUUAUGGCUUCUCCGCUGUGAUUUCAAUGACGGAGCAGCUCGCUGAGUCGAAGACUGGUUCCUCCAAGGAACACCGAGUUCCAUGAAACAUCAAAUGUGGCCAAAACCUCGAUUUGCUGAGGGUCAAGAGGCCCGUGCUGAGUCCAUUCCGGAUCCAAAAGGCCAUUCUUGGUAGGAC